CCAAGACGUGAGACGUGAACCUGCAUGAGAUGGUCUCGGAGCCAGUGGCUGCCGUGCUGCGACGGUCGAGAACUCAUGUCCGUCUCGUUGUGGCCCGUCCCAUCAAGCAAAAUGUGCCAACACCUCAGUAUGCGUUGGAGCCGGGUUGUGCGGUUGUUCCGACGCGGGUUCUCGUCGAUCCUGCCGAGCUGGAGCGCUACCUUAUCUCCACCGGAUAUCCGGAGAUCUUUGGCGAGAGUUCCACAGCUUCUACGCCGCAGACUACGACUGAAGAUGAUCGCUUUGUCUACCGCGGCGAGACUUCAAUGCUCAUCGAUCCUACAAUCGAUCUGGAGGAGCUGUUGGCCCUGCCCGAAACGGAAAAGCUGCAGGUGGAACUGAAAAAGGACGCCAACGGCUUGGGCAUCACCAUUGCCGGCUACGUGUGCGAGAAGGAAGAACUGUCGGGCAUCUUUGUGAAGAGCGUCUCACCGGGAUCAGCGGCUGAUCUGAGUGGACGUAUUCGAGUCAACGAUCGCAUUAUCGAGGUGGACGGGCAGUCCCUGCAGGGCUACUCCAAUCACCAGGCGGUCGAAUUGCUCAAGAAAUCUGGCCAAGUGGUAAACCUCCGGCUGGAACGCUAUCUUCGUGGUCCCAAGUACGAGCAACUGCAACAGGCCAUCGCUGCCAACGAUAAACUGCCAUCCAGUGCCCCAGGCACACCCUCUCGGGCGCAACUGCCCACUCCCGUGGCAACCACAUCAUCGGCCACCACAACACCCUCCCGCAGCCUGACCAGAGAGCUGGAAGAUGAAGCUCUGCCAGCCCCGGAGGCUUUCAUGACCACUCCGCCCUCGAAUACCACUAUGACCACAACCACGCUGAGUACUUUCGGUGCGGGAAAGCAGUUAGUGGCUGUCAGGGAUUCUCUGGAUGGCUCAACGAAGAUUAUACCCACUGAUGUUGUGCCUUUGACCGAAAAAAUCGAGCAGGCACCGGUGCACGCCAAGAACGGUGCAGUCAUCACUCGUCACAAGUACUAUACGGAUCCGGAGCUCACCGACGAAGCGGAAACGGAAAUCAUUCGCAAAUGGCAAAAGAUUGUUGGCUCCGAUGUGGAGGUUAUUGUGGCACAAAUCAAAAAGUUUGCCGUCGGCGGUCUGGGAAUCUCGCUGGAGGGAACCGUAGAUGUGGAAGGUGGACGGGAAGUGCGACCCCACCAUUACAUACGUUCCAUUCUUCCAGAUGGCCCUGUGGGUGUUAAUGCUGUGCUCCGUUCCGGCGACGAGCUGCUGGAGGUCAAUGGCGAGCGUCUGCUUGGCAUGAAUCACUUGGAGGUGGUAGCCAUAUUGAAGGAGCUGCCGCUGGACGUGCGAAUGGUGUGCGGACGAAACAAGAACACGUCCCUGCUGCCCUUCUCUGACGACACCCUGAAGAAGCUGAGCAAUAACUUUGAGAAUCUUUUGCCUGCCACCAAUCGCUUGGUGAAGGCCAAAUCCGAUGGCAGCUUGGCCACCGCUGGGUCUGUGGCCGACGCCGAUUCGGUGGCCGCUGCUGCCAACUCGUUCACCAAGCUGAAAUCUCGAUCUCUGGAGCCACUGACCGGCCUGGCCAUGUGGUCAUCACAGCCGCAAAUCAUUGAACUUGUGAAGGGAGACCGCGGUCUGGGGUUCUCUAUACUGGACUACCAGGAUCCCCUGGACCCCAAUGAUACCCUGAUAGUCAUCCGUUCCCUGGUGCCGGGAGGCGUGGCUCAGUUGGAUGGACGUCUGAUUCCAGGCGACCGCUUGCUGUUUGUCAAUUCCAUUAACCUUGAGAACGCCUCACUGGACCAGGCCGUGCAGGCCCUGAAGGGAGCUUCCAAGGGCGUGGUGCGCAUCGGUGUGGCCAAACCGCUGCCCAUGACGGACAACUCGCUGAAGGCGUGCAGCACUGCGAGCACCACCAGCGAGGAGACACUGGAGGCACAGAUGUCGCCGCCACCGCCAGCCCUGCCCACAGUCGCACCGCCAGCGAUGCCAACGGCUGCCAAAGGUGUGGAGCCCGACCUAAUACCCGACUGGCGCAAUUGAAAACCCGACUGGUCCGCAGUGGGAUGUUGGUGGUAUGACUGCAAUCGAUCAAAGAAAGAAAAAAUCCCACAUUUGGGAGUUUUAACAAUCCAAAAAGAAGUCUUGCAGGUAUCCGAAUAUUGUUAUUACCGAAUCAAAAUGUUAUACAUAUUAUUAGCACCGAAUUGUGUUGAGCAGAUGCGCCCCGCCCAGGAAAUGUGGGGCGCCAUCGUCCUCCCCUGCCACAAACAAGCAUUCCACCACUUGCAAUAUUUUCCCUCUAGUAUUAGCGAAUGAACUUUAACAAGGUAUUUCAAGUGUAUAUGUACUUAAUACUAAAAUUAAAUAAUGUACCUUCCCCA